GGACUUUGCUUUCUUCCUCCUCUAGCCUAGAGGUGCCUUUGUCUGCUUCGUGGGCUUUGUGUCAUCAUGGCUGCUCAGAAAGGUCUCUGGGACGCUAUUGUGAUUGGAGCAGGCGUUCAGGGCUGCUUCACUGCAUACCACCUGGCCAAACACUCGAAGAGGGUCCUGCUGCUGGAGCAGUUCUUCCUUCCUCAUUCCCGAGGAAGCUCACACGGACAGAGCCGCAUAAUCAGGAAGGCCUAUCCAGAGGACUUCUAUACGAGGAUGAUGGAGGAAUGCUACCAGACAUGGGCCCUGCUGGAGCGCGAGACUGGGACUCAGCUGCACAGGCAAACUGAGCUCUUGUUGCUGGGAAUGAAGGAAAAUCCAGGAUUCAAGAUGAUCCAGGCCACUUUGUUGAGACAGGGGAUUGACCACGAGUAUCUUUCACCAGUGGAUUUAAAGCAACGUUUUCCAAACAUCCAGUUCACCAUGGGAGAAGUGGGGCUUUUGGACAAGACUGGAGGUGUUCUCUACGCGGACAAGGCCCUCAGAGCCCUCCAGCAUGUAAUCUGUCAGCUGGGAGGCACGGUGUGCGAUGGAGAGAAAGUAGUGGAGAUAAGACCUGGCUUACCUGUCACAGUAAAAACCACCUCGAAGACCUACCAAGCCAACAGCCUGGUCAUCACUGCUGGCCCCUGGACCAGCCGGAUUCUCCACCCCCUGGGAAUUGAGUUGCCUCUCCAGACUCUUAGGAUCAAUGUGUGUUACUGGCGAGAGAAGCUCCCUGGGAGCUAUAGCGCAUCACAGGCUUUCCCCUGCAUCCUGAGUCUGGAUGCGGCCCCCCACCACAUCUACGGACUGCCAGCAUCCGAGUACCCAGGGCUGAUGAAGAUCUGCUAUCACCAUGGUGACAACGUGGACCCAGAGGAGCGGGACUGCCCCACGGCCUUCUCAGAAGUUCAAGACGUUCAGAUUCUAUGCAACUUUGUCAGAGAUCAUUUACCAGGCCUGCGGCCGGAGCCAGAUAUCAUGGAACGCUGCAUGUACACGAACACUCCGGAUGGGCACUUUAUUCUUGAUUGUCACCCAAAGUAUGACAACAUUGUUAUCGGUGCUGGAUUCUCUGGACACGGUUUUAAGCUGGCCCCUGUUGUGGGGAAACUCCUCUGUGAGCUGAGCAUGAAGUUCCCGCCGUCCUAUGACUUGACACCGUUUCGAAUAAGCCGGUUCUCCUCAACAAGCAAAGCCCAACUUUGACCCCAGCUGACACUGUCCUGGGGAAGGCUUCUAGGAGAAGGAAGUGGCCUUCCUUGAUUUGUUUCU